AUGGGCGAUAUUGUCCCAAAUCAACUUUUUGUUGCAGGUUACAGUCGUAGCAAAGUAUCUGGAGACAAAGAUAUAAAGGAAAUCUUUAAAAAGUAUGGAACAAUUAAGGAUGUGGCAUAUAAGGGAUCUUACUCUUUUGUAGUAUGAAGUUAUUUGAAAUUAAGACUUUUAGUAAUGAACAAGAAGCGCAAGAUGCGUUAAAGGCAACAAACGGGGAAACAUAUAACGGAUAGAAAUUGAAAGUAGAUGUAGUAGAUAACAGAAAGGGAAGAAAAACUGGACCAAAUGAGGAGGAUAAAUGUUUCAAAUGCAGUAAAGGUGGUCAUUGGUAUAUAAAUUCGGUAUAUUCUUUAGGGCUCGUAAUUGUCCUAAUGGGAGAUCACCAAGAAGGAGCAGAAGAAGAUCUAAUUCAAGAUCCAAGUAUUUAAAGCUAUUUAAAUUAGGAGGCGCCAUAGAAGAUCUGAUUCUAGAUCAUACUCUUCAAAUUCAUCUUCGAGAUCUAGAAGAAGAAGAUAUCAAAACAGAAGAAAAAGACAUAGUAGAAGUCCAAGAAGGGAUACGAGAUAAAAAAAGAGAAGCAUAAGUCCUAGAAGAUCACCAUCGGAUUCAGGAUCAUCCAAACGACGGAAUUCAAUAUCUUGAUGAAAAGUGGGAAAAGAUUUUUAUUACAAAG